AUGAGGUGUUCCGUUAUUUGGCUCAAGUCAGUUACCCUAAUUAGUCUUCUACUGAUGAAUAUGUGCAGAGCAGAUAUAACCCUAAGCGAAGUAGAAUCUACACUGAAUUUUGAAAUUGCAACAGAUUCUUCUCAAGUAGUGAUCAACCCAGAGGGCCCUCUUAACUUCCUCCGGGGAUACAUCUACCAGAGGAUGGAGUGCAUGUACAACAAAAGAUUCUUCUCACCACAGAUUAACAUAGAGUACGAAUUAGAGGAAUAUGCAGUUGAAUCUGUGACGAACACGGGAUAUCUGUACGUACGAGAAGAAAAAAGGGACAGAGCGUAUACAGCACAGUCCACUAAUAAAAUGGAUGUGUACGCUGAGAAGUACCACAAUCAUCUGAUUGAGCUGUUUCCAUCACCGACUGGUGACAUAACAAUAGAGACACGAGGGAACCAGUCUUUUGUUCAAUUUCUCCGGGCAGAGACAACAGAGAAGCAUGCAUUGCAAAUUCUAGCCAUACUGCUCCUUUUCUCUGAGGGAGUGAAUAUUCCCAUUAAAGUCACUAACACUGUACUAGAAGUCUAUGAAAAAGACAAAAAAGACGAAAUAUACUUUAAAGUGCCCAUGGCAGUCCCAUGGCUGAACCCUGCAACAGACAAAGCAGAAACAUUCCAACAGAAGAAAGUUAAGCAAAUGAUCAGCUUUUUCAAGGAGAAUUCAGUCAAUCGUGAAGUACUUAGCAUGAUGGUAGAUGAGUGCUCAUAUGAUGAGUUUGCCACAGGAAAGUUCCUGGACAGUCCCAAGUUCCUAAUCCAGUCAUACAUAUUUGGGUUCAUUGACACAGCACAGCGUGCAAUAGAGUUUAUUCAGACUGUGCACGAAAUGACAGAGAAGUACGCACCAAAAACAGAGGCAACAAGCAAAGACAACUCAGUAUACAACAGACUGUUUAAGCCAGCUGGAACUAUGGUGAAUACAAGGUAUAUGCGCCUACUGAAAAAAAGUCAGCAGAUUAUGGCUAGGUAUAAGGUCUUUCCAUUUACAGACAAAACGCAGCUUCCUGCAUACAAAUCUGUCCCUUACUACACACGUAAAAACAAGUCGUUUUCUUUUAACAGAUUGGAGAGAUACAGUAACUGUGUGGAGUGCAUGAUCCUUUCUCUCUUCUGCUGCCUCGCUUAUGACCCAGCAAAGGGAAUUUAUCGGACAGACCACAUGGGGCAUGUCUCUGAAGAGCUUGAAGAAUUCUUCUCUUUGAAGAACCAGCCGUUUGACACAACAAAGGAUGAAUUUCAGAGAAAGUGGUGCAAAGUUGUUGCUGACUUAAAAGAGCCUAGCAUUGCAUACUGCAGAAAAAGAAACGAGAUAGACACAGGCCUCAUAAAUAUGCUCAUGGUUAUUGCUGAAGUAAUAAAUGCCCCUAGAGAAGAAAAAGACAAAAUACUUGGCUUUUCAGAGGAGUUAAAGGGGAAAAUAAGUGGGUUAGACUAUAAAUUAUACAAUGAGAUUAAAGAGUAUACAAAGGCACUAGUUAAGCGCCUAUCCAAUACAGAAAAUGUAGAAAUACAUUUCUCUGGGCUUAAUAGAACUGUAUAUAAUAACGGAAGAUCUGAUGUAUCUGGACAGCUUACUAUUACAUUUGAAUACAAGUCCAUUACGAAUAGAAUAGUCUUGGGUAUAGAGCAAGGCCAUGGUACUAUUGACAUGAAGCCAGCUAUUAUGAAAAUCAAGGAUGACCGAAUAGAGAAAAUGAAUGAAAUAGCAGACUACUGCUUCUGUAAAAAUGAAGGAACAUUUAUUGAGAAUCUGUUUGCUGCAUACGUUGCGUAUGAAAUAAGAAAGAUUGACAGCCCUCAGAAGACUGAAGAGUUUAUGAAGGCGCAGGUGCGCAGGACCAUACAGAACAACCACAUAGACAUAAAUAGACUUCUACUGAUCAAGAAGAUCCGUGACCUAGACUAUAAGGCAGAGCUACUUACCUGCUACAUCGCAUACACCAUGGACCAAAAUCUAUCCAAAACACACCCUGUUGUUCGUUUUACCUCCAACAUACUAGGAAGCACAGAGCUGGAUAACUGGGAGAUUCAAUUACGAAUACUUUCUCCAAUUGUCUUUGCAACAGAGUACAAAAAAAGAAGCGGUGCUACGAACUACCCAAGAAUACAACUAACAGAGGAUCUGCGCGCGCUUGUAGAGUUUCGCUCAAAUCUUAAAAACUUCAUUGGGUACAUUCUAGAUUGCAAUGUAGAUAUUUUUAUGAUAUGGCUCAGAAUGGUCAUAAGCCAACUUGGCGCUGGAAAAGGCAUGCACUCAAAUCCACUGCUAAUAGGUUCAGUGAAUAGAAAUAUAACCCGGAAAAUCUUCAAAGAUGGAAGCAUGGAGUAUGCCAAUGAGAUUAAUGAAAUUUUCGGGAAAGCAUACCCUGAAUAUGAAACUAAAAUGAAGGACCGGAUGCAUUUUAUAUGGUUGACUUAUUUAUGUGCAGAGGAGAAUCUAAAUCUAGAGCUAAUUAAGAUAAACUUCCAUGCAAUUUGCAACUACAAAUUCAUCUUAGAAAGAUAUAUUUUUUGCAUUGAGUCACGCCAAGUAUGCCUCACUGCCAUCCAAACUCUUGGUAAGCUAAUGGAUAAGUUAUGCCACAGUGAAAGUGAUAUGGACAAAAUUAACAGGCUCAUAAAUAUACUUGGCUGA